CGGUCUGGUAGAAAUCACACCCCACGGGGCGGCUCCAGCCGGGUAUAUAACUCGCUGCCUUGAAGCCAGGGGCUGUCUGCUCCGCUGGCUGGAGGCUGAGCUGGGCCAUCCCGACCCAGAGCUUCUGUGGGGCAGGAUGAUGGGGGGGCUCUGCUCCCCGCUGGCCGCGCUGCUGCUGCUGGUGCUGCCGUCCUCAGCACAGGGUGCAGAGGAGAGUCAAGACCAGCCAGUGUUCAGCCGUAUCAUCGGGGGGCAGGAUGCACAGGAGGGUAACUGGACCUGGCAAGUCAGUGUGCAGAAAUAUGAUGACCAAAAAAAGGAAUACCGCCACCACUGUGGAGGAUCCCUCAUCUCAGCCCAGUGGGUGCUGUCAGCCGCUCACUGCUUCGACCCCUCCGUGCCCUAUUCCCAAUACCGUCUAGUGCUGGGAGCGCACCAGCUCCUCCCUCUCUCCCCAAAACCAGUCCUGUCCAAGGUGCAGAAGAUCAUCCCCCACUGCAGUUACAAUAGGACGAGCUUCGUUGCUGACAUUGCCUUGGUGAGGCUGAAGAAGCCAGUGGAAUCCACGCAGUUCAUCUGGCCCAUCUCACUGCCGGGGGCCUCCCGGCAGUUCCGCGUAGGGAACAUGUGUUGGGUCACCGGCUGGGGACGGGUUGAAGUGACCAAGCCUCUCCCAGAACCCAAGACCCUGCAGCAGCUGGAGGUUCCCAUCAUCAGUACAGCAGACUGCAACGAUCGUUACAACACACUGAAACCAAACUCACCCAUGGGUCUAGAGAGAAUCAAAAGCGACAUGAUCUGCGCCGGGUACAUGGACAGCAACAAGGGAUUCUGCAAUGGUGACUCUGGGGGGCCUCUGGCCUGUCAGCAGGACGGCAAAUGGUAUCUGGCCGGAGUUGUGAGCUGGUUUAUGAGAAGAAAUGUGAGUGGAAUUGUCUGUUCUCAUCCCAAGUUUCCUGGGGUCUUCACCCGGGUGACAGCCUACGACAGCUGGAUCCAGGGGCAUGUGAACGGUGUGGGCCUUUCUGCUGUCGCUUCUCCAGCCGUGCUGAUACUCGCCACACUUCUCCUCACAGCCCUGUGAGCCACGCACGGACCUGUCCCUCAG